ACAAUCCCCUUGCAUCACCUUGCAUAUGUCCAUUUUUAUAUGUAUAAACCAGUGACGUCAGGUUGAAUGAGUCGUCGAAGCAGCCAGGAGCCAGGGCAAGUCAGGUGGCUGCCCUCAAGAUCAACAUCGAAUAGUGGGAGGCGGUGAAGAAGAAGCUAUCGGUCAUCGGACGCAGAUUUGUGUCAAUUACACCGAGUUCCACAACACAGCCCUCACCGGCGGUAAUAUUAUGUUCAAUUGAAAGCGACGCAGACCCGCACGACCAUGCCUUUCUUAGGAAACAACUCGCCUUUCCAACAAGACGUUGACAAAGCGACCAGCGAGCGGAACACAUCCGAGGACUGGGCCCUCAUCUUGGACAUCUGUGACCGAGUGGGCACGGUCCCGGGAGGACCCCGUGACUGUCUGCAAUGCAUCACGCGCCGCAUGAACCACACCAUUCCACAGGUGGCGCUGCAGGCUCUCGUGCUACUGGAUGCAUGCGUGAAGAACUGCGGCAAGAUCUUCCACCUGGAGGUGUGUUCCCGGGAGUUUGAAUCCGAGUGCAAGAAACUGCUUUCCAAGGGUCAUCCCCGCGUUGUGGAAAAAAUGAAGGGCUUGCUCCGCAAGUGGGCACAGGAGGACUUUGCAAAGGAUCCCCAGCUGAGCCUCAUUCCGUCGCUGUACUCAAAGCUGCGGGGGGACGGCGUGGACUUUGGUGGCCUCGAGGGGCAGGCUCAGGAAACAUCUCAGCCCGACGGAGCGCCUCCGGCCGCCGGAAGACAACACCAGGAAGAACAAGACCUUGCCAGAGCCAUUGAGCUGUCUCUGCGCGAGUCCCCCGCCAAGAGCCUGUAUCCACGUGCUUCGUCUCCGGACGCUUCCGGGUUCGAAGCUCCCGUGGCGGCAGCGAGAGAACCGCGCAAGGUACGGGCGUUGUAUGACUUCGAGGCGGCCGAAGACAACGAGCUGACCUUCAAGGCUGGAGAGCUGCUGCUCGUUCUGGACGACAGUGACCCCAACUGGUGGAAGGGUUCGAACCACCGUGGAGAGGGCUUGUUCCCCGCAAACUUCGUCAGUGCAGACUUGGAGGAAGCGGGGCCACCCCCAGAGCCUCAGGCACCUGCCCCACAGGAGGAGGCCCCCCCAGCAGAACCCCUCUGUGUGGACCCUGCCCAGAUUGACGACACCCUGCAGCGGCUUCACGAAACGGACCCUGCCAGUGGACAGCCAGACCCACCAGACUUGCUGGCUCUUGAGGAGCGCUGCGCAGGCAUGGGCCCGCUGAUCGAGCAGGAGCUCGAGCGCAUUGACCGCCGACACGCCUCGCUGACUGCUGCCAGCCGGCAGCUGGCAGAGGCCCUGGCACUGUACCACGGACUGAUGCGGACACCGGCGCCACCCGCCCCCGGUCCUCCCAUGGUCUAUGGCGUGCCGUCGGAAGGAAACCACGAUCCGGCGUCCCUACCACCCGCCCAGUUUCCCGGUGCGCCUGGUGCAACUCCGCAGCAGGGAGUGCCCCAGGGUGCCAUGGGAUCGCCCGUGGGAUUCCCGCUGCUCUGAGGUGUUGCACCGUCGUCACGGUCGCCAACGCAUGCCGGCACAACAGGAAGCAGAGGGCAAAGGGCUUGCUGCGCAAGCCUUCCACAGCCCAAGCCUUCUGCAGCCCAAAAAGCAGUAGGCUCGCCGAGCACGAGCUAAGAUAUAAAGAGACUCCGGAGGA